CCUCGGUAACAGGCCCACGCUGGAGCGCCGGCUCCCGCCAACUUCCCGGCGGCCUCCGCCCCGCCCACCCCGCGGCGGCGGCGGCUCCGGAGCUGCAGGUGGCGCCGUGUGCCCCGAUCCCAGAACUGGGCGGGCCCUGCCGGCCUCCGCGCGCUGACCGUGCCGGGCGGGAGCGUCGCGGCUCGUCCCCGGAGCUCCCGCGGCCUGAGCCGGGAGGGCGAGCGCUAGACGGCCCGGGGCCCGGCAUGGGGCUCUGCCUACCCUGCUUGGGGGGAGCCGCCGAGGACGUGGUGGAGACGCCCGACCCGGAAAGUAAAAGACGACAACUUGCGGAAGCUGCAGAAAAGAGGCAGAUGGAGGCCACCUCUCGGGGUGUUAAGAACCCACUUUCUGUGGAGCAAAAGAAAAAGAAACAGGAGGAAAUGGAGAAACAAAUUGCAUCUUCAAGCUCUGGAGGAGGAGGAGGCGGACUUAGAUGGCAGGUUGGAUAAAGAAGUGUGGCAUUUGAAAAGAAGAGGGUCAAAUACUGCCAAUAACUUGCCAGUUUCUGCAGCUGAGUGGCACUUAUUCAUUGUGUGGCUUUUGCUGUUUGCAUAUGAAGAUUCAACAGUACUUUGCCAUUGCAGUACGACAGAGGAUAGAGGUGUAUGCUAAGAAUAUUUUUCAAACAAGAAUCUCAGAAUGCAAAACAAAGGUGGCCAAAACUUGUCAUUUUUUUUAAACGUCUCAUGCUUCAACUUUUGGGUGGGGUGGACAGUGGGAGAUGCACAGUUAUUUGGGAACAAACUUAGUAUUUAAUGUGAUACAUUCACUCUAUUUUAUUUUUGCUCUUGAAACUAACUUAUGCACAGCUUGGGUAACUUUUAGUGUGUGGGAGUUUUUCUUUUUGUUUUAGCGUUUAUUUAAAGUUUUGUAAUGAACUUUGUCUCCCUCUUUGUUUAAAAAAAAAAAAAAUUAUCUUCUCUAGAUGCUUAUAGUAAAAUACAUGUGCUGCUGUCCACCUCUUUUGUACUAUUUAUUGGUUAGUCACCUGUGAAUUUAGUGCCUUUAAAAGGCUUUUGGAAAAACUUGGCUUCUGCAAAUUGAGAUUUUGUGAAAUGUGCUAUAAAAAAAUCACUUUGAAUUAUAAAUCACUUUACAUGCUUUUAUUGAGGUAAAUAUUUUAUGUGGUCUUAUGCCUGUUCUCUUUUCAUUGAUUCACCGAUUAUGGAUUUCUUUUGAGUACAUAAUUAUAUUAUAUGUACUAGAAGCUAAUGCUAUUAGUUAAACAUUGUUGGCUAUGUUGUUCUUUUUUGCACCACAAGGGGGGGUGGUGUACUUCUGGAAAUAUUAAAAAAUAGAAAAGGAAAAGACGUAUUAAGUCAUCUCUUGGAUAGUUUAUUUCCUAAAAUCUUCUGUACUACCUGGGUGGCUUAACUAUAUAUAGUACAAUAAUAUUUUCCAAGUGCUAGAAACACUUUUACUGCUCUUUUGUAUCAAGGAAUGUCUGUAAUCCUUUUCCCAAAUGUGAAACUGCUUUUGAUUAUUUACAGCUAACUAAACUGAUGUAUUAUGAACUAAUUCCAAAAUUAGAAGCGACCUCAGAACGCUACGGAGUAGAUGAGGGAAUUUAGAAACGAUCCUCAUGCAGUAAAAAUACAACUUUUAUUUUCCCUGGAGGGCACUGUUUGGCCUAUUCAUGUCCUAGUGACUCCAUUUUUGACCCAGGUUAGACCGUGGAAGUGUUACUUGGAUUAAAUACACUAUCAAGUCCACUUUCUUGAAAGAACUAGCUUUCUGGCUUCUGCCUUCCUAGCAAAGGAAUUCUUAACAAGAGUAUACUACUGUUAGUUUACUGACAAAAGCAGUCGCCAUCACAGAAGAUAGUGAUACCUCACAUUUACUUUGUGUGGGCAUUUGCCCUAUUCAGUGUUCUAUUCCCGUUUUACUGAAUUAAACUACAAUGGAAGACUUAUAAAAUAGUGUAUGUUUAAUGUGCAACUUUCUGUCCAGGAUUUCUAGUAGAGUGAGUAUCCUACAGUGUGACUAUGCCAAAACAAUUUGUUGUGCCAUUAAAGUGUUACUUUAAUGGUUGUAGAGUUUUGCAGAGGGUUGGGUUGUGGGUGUGGGUUUUUUUUUUUUUUGCAGGGGGAAGGGUGGCGGAGUUUGUUGAUCAGGAAUUUGUGUUACUUGGAGUUAACCUCUGCAUUCAUGCACUUACACUGCAUUGUGGCUCAGUAGUCAGCCAGGAGACAAAUGUAAAUAAGUGUUGUCCUCUUAAGUGUGACAUUAUUCUUCGUGCCAGCUCUUAACUGCUCAGUGACUUAACUUUGAUUUAUGUAAAUGAGUACUAUCUUUAAGUUUUAACAGUCUAGUCUUGCGAGAGUCAGAGUUCUUUCAGAUAUAUUGACUUUAAAAACAUUCAAAAGUAUUUGGCAUUUUAGAGGAUUAGGUUCAUAGUUUUUCGUAUCUUAGGGUAGAGAAGAAAGUCCAAAGUCUAUUGAGCUAGAUGAACUGCUCAAAAAAGUGAUAUGGAAAUCUGUUUACCCACUUGUAUUGGUGGUUUCAGAAAGUACAGGAGAUCUUGUCAAUGGAAAAAC